AUGUAUCGAUUGGCGCGCCAUUUUUGUUGGCGACUCCAAGCUUUCUGGGACCUUAGUAGCCUUCCUUAUGAGCAUCAAAUUUCUUUAGCACCCCAAAUUCAAUUUGAAAUUAAAAGAUCGCAUUCGUUAAAAUUUGAAUUCGCAUUCCGGUCCAAUUCUUCACCGUCUCCGUUUCACUGUUAUCCGUUCUGUGAUCAGCAGCGUGUGUACCCCGUUAGUUUUGACGCCUUCCGUUUAUCCGUCUCCGUACGUUCGUCCCGUUCACUCCGUUUAUCCAGGUGUAUAUAUUUUUCUCCUGGAUUUACACCAAAUGUCGAGAAAUUGAAUUUUGGAGGGAUUGAGAAGUUUGAAGCUAGAAAUGCUAAGAAAGUUAGAAACCCUAAUUUGGAAGGAUUGGACUAAAGGAAUUUUAUAAAUUUGAUUAAUUGAUGCAAAAUUUGCUAAAAUAUAUGAAUAAAACAAUUAAUUGAUAGACCAAAA